UGGGAUAACUGCCAUGGGUUCCUGAAGCUUCACAGGAAAUGUUUUGUGCUCAGAUUUUGAGAGAGGUUAAACCCCUCCACCUUUUGCUUUAAGGCAGAAUGAUGCGUUUUAUGCUGCUUUUCAGCCGUCAAGGCAAACUGAGGCUCCAGAAGUGGUAUACUACAAUGCUUGAUAAAGAGAAGAAAAAGAUUACUCGGGAACUUGUUCAAAUUGUACUGACUCGACAACCCAGAAUGUGUAGUUUUGUGGAAUGGCGGGAUCUCAAAAUUAUUUAUAAAAGGUUUGCUAGUUUAUUUUUCUGUUGUGCAAUAGAAGAACAAGACAAUGAGCUUUUGACUCUAGAAAUCAUCCAUCGCUACGUGGAACUGCUGGAUAGGUAUUUUGGAAAUGUCUGUGAACUAGACAUCAUCUUUAAUUUUGAGAAGGCCUAUUUCAUUCUUGAUGAAUUUCUAAUUGGAGGAGAAUUGCAGGACACCUCAAAGCAAAGUAUACCAAAAGCGAUAGAAGAAGCAGAUAUGCUUCAAGAGACCAUGGAAGAAUAUAUGGCAAAGCCAACAUUCUAACUUGGGCUUUUGAAGAACUGGACGAUAGGCUGAAUUUCUAAACCAAGCACAUAAACCUACAGUGACUUAAAAAUUAGAUACAUUUUGCAGCUGUAUCUAGAAGAAAGUAGAAGGAUGACACCCAAAAUGCAAUAGCAAAUUAGCACUGUGCUAUGCUCAAGCAUAGCUUGUUUAUAAUGUUUUUGUAUGUAUAUCUGUGUGUUGUAUUGUUCAUUCUAAGCUUUUGUUCGCUGUUAUGUAGUAGGUAUGAAGCUUCACUACUUUUUAAAAAAAAAUAUGCAUUUCUUACAAAUCUCUAACUAGAUAAUAUUGUAGCUCUUCUAUUGUCACUCAAAAUAUUCUAUUUAUAUAAAAAUCAAUCAAAUCUGCAAAAGAUGCUUCUAAUCAUUAUAAUUAAUAAACCAUUAAUUCUGAAAUUUGUGUACCAAAUUCAGGUAGGGGACUGAAGUUGUCAGUUAAUAUAAUAGUAAUUUAUUCUGAAAAUGAUCAUCUCCAUUAAGCUUUUUUUCUUUUUGAAAGAAGUGUUUCUCAUGUGUUGGUGCAGAUUCGAUGGGCUGAAGGGCCUCUUCUGCACUGUGUGAUUCUGUGAUAACCUCACAAGACACAAGAAUAUUACAUUCAAAUACUUGAAAUAGGUUGAAGCUAUAAGAACUUAAAAGCAUUGAGCACAUAGUCUAGGCUGGCGUUACCAUAUAGUACAGAGGGAGAACCGAAUUUUCAGAGGUGCGGACUUUGAACGUAGGUUCCAUCUGUUCAUUCAGCUGGAUGUAAAAGAUUUAUAACACCAUCCAAAGAAGAGUUAGGAAAUUAUCUCAGUGUGCUUCAGUCAACAUUACCAAAAACCAGAUUAAUUGAUAAUUUUUUCAUCAUUGCAAAACUGAAAUUAUUUGCAUUCUAAAGCAGCCAAACCUGAUGUCGAUUUAAGAUUCUGGCCCCUUCUGAAGCCCUGAAACCCAUUUAAAUUCUGGUUUGAAACAUGAACUAGUGCAAAGCUCUUGGCAGGUAACUGUGACCACUGCUCAAUAGAGGAACCUGGCUAUAGGUAAUUGAGGACUAGUAAGAUCGUCUUUUGAGCCUAUGGAAUUUGAACAUGGAGGCAAUUUUUACCGAAACAAUCCAUCUGUUGGAAAUGUACAAUGAGGUUAUCCGUCUGUGUGGAAACUACAUUAGGAGCCCAAUGCAAAUGAUAAAAAGUUGGCCUUAUUUAUUAUUAACAUUCUUAGAUUAGCAAGUUGCAAUAUGCUUAGUCACUCCCUAUGGUUUUUGAGCAGCAUUGUGGUUUCUAUAAGCUAUCUGUGUUGACAUCCCAACUUAGAUUUAUUAUUGAUUAUUUAACUUAAUAAAGAUUUUUCUCCCUGAUGAAUAUCAAAAUCUCCAUUUUUGAUUUCAUUUUAGCAAUUUGCCACUUAAAGAAACAACCAAUUAUAUGUAUUUUUCUAAAAUCUUUCACAAUAAUCCUAUUCUCAAAAAUUUUGUUUUAAUUUAGAAAGGUGUAUGUUCUCCAAUCAUAAUCCAGAAAAAUUAAUUUAGUUCAAAUUUUUAAAAAAGGGUCUAUGAAGAAUUUAGCAAUAAUAGUUGCAUAUAAUGUACUUGUAUCAUUUAAACAUGGAUUUAAAAAUAAAGAAUUGUAAUUAA